AUGGAUUCUGUAUUAAAAUCAAAAUAUUGCAACAUCACGAACGAAACUAUUAUGGCAUAUUUAAAUCUAUGCACACAUUUUAACCAACGUCAAGAAAAUAUUAAAAAUAAAAGAAAUAAUUCAAUUCAAUGUUUAAAAAAGCAAGCCGAAAGGAUGAUGACACAAUCAAACAAAAAAUAUCAAGAGUUGGAAGUCGGAACAACUGUUCGUAUUUCCAUACCAGACGUUAACAGAGCACGUGGAUCCCCACGAAAUUUAUUAACAGUUAUUGCUAAUGUUGACAACGGCUUUUAUAAAUUAUGUACCGAAAAUGGUUUUCUGAAACACAACUCAAUGUCAUGUGAAAAUAAACAAUAA